UCGACACACUUCCAAAACGGAUAAGAACAUAGCCGAGGCCUCGCCAUUUGCCACCAUUCAAACCCACCUCCGGCUAUAAAUUCCUCUCUAACCCACCAUUAUCAGUCACCAUCUACCCAAAAUAAUACACUCAAUUAAAGCGACUGAUACCAGAGAGAUUUCUAGAUUUUGAGAGAAAUGGAGGGUGCCGAGAAGCGUUCUUUCGAGUUACAGGAACAGCAAUCCUCAUUGCAGCCGAGCCCGCGGAAGAAGAUAAUCACGGUGGCGGCGAUCGCGGCGGGGGUCCAGUUCGGCUGGGCCCUACAGCUCUCUCUGCUCACUCCAUACGUGCAGCUGUUAGGGAUCCCUCACAAAUGGGCCUCACUCAUCUGGCUCUGUGGACCCAUCUCCGGCAUGCUCGUUCAGCCCAUAGUUGGUUACCACAGCGAUCGCUGCACCUCCCGAUUCGGCCGCCGUCGUCCUUUUAUCGCCGGCGGAGCCGCUCUUGUUGCCAUUGCCGUCAUACUCAUUGGUUAUGCUGCCGAUAUCGGGGCUCACACCGGUGACUCCAUGUCCGAUUCCCCCAAAACCCAUGCCAUUGUUGUGUUUGUCGUCGGAUUUUGGAUCCUCGACGUGGCUAACAACAUGUUGCAGGGUCCAUGCCGAGCCCUCCUCGCUGAUCUUUCCGGGAGCAACCAGAAACGGAUGCGAACUGCCAAUGCCUUCUUCUCCUUCUUCAUGGCGGUCGGUAACGUUCUGGGUUACGCCGCUGGGUCCUACACUCACCUCCACAACGUAUUCCCAUUUUCCAGUACGAAAGCUUGUGACUUGUACUGUGCGAAUCUCAAGAGCUGUUUCUUCAUCUCCGUUAUGCUAUUGCUCGCGAUAACCACGGCGGCUCUCAUUUACGUGAAGGAAACGCCAUGGGCACCGGAAAAUGUAGGUGACGGCGGCGACGAGGGAUCGUCGAAGGCAAAGAUACCGGUCUUUGGGGAAAUAUUCGGUGCAUUGAAGGAUUUGAAGAAGCCAAUGUGGAUCCUACUUUUGGUGACGUGUCUGAACUGGAUUGCUUGGUUCCCGUUCUUGCUGUUCGACACGGACUGGAUGGGGAGGGAGGUGUACGGUGGAGAUUCCGGCGGAAGCGACGAUGCGAAGCGGGUCUACAACGUUGGUGUGCGUGCGGGUGCAUUGGGCCUGAUGCUCAACUCCGUAGUGUUGGGGUUGACGUCUCUGGGAAUGGAGUUGUUGGCGCGUGGAGUUGGGGGGGUGAAGAGGCUGUGGGGUAUUGUGAAUUUCUUGCUGGCUUUCUGUUUGGCCAUGACCGUACUCGUCACCAAAUUGGCUGCCUCGAGCCGCCGGUUCACCACUGCGGCUGGUGGAGGUUCAGUAGCCUUGCCUCCGCCGGUCGGAAUCAAAGUCGGCGCGUUGACUCUGUUCGCUGUUAUGGGCAUUCCUCAAGCUAUAACUUACAGCAUUCCUUUCGCUUUGGCAUCCAUUUUCUCAAGCACUUCCGGUGCAGGCCAAGGUCUUUCGCUCGGAGUUCUGAAUCUUGCCAUCGUUAUACCACAGAUGGUGGUUUCGGUGGGUGGUGGACCGUUUGAUGCCUUAUUUGGAGGUGGUAACUUGCCGGCAUUUAUAGUAGGAGCAGUGGCCGCCGCAGCAAGUGGAAUAUUUGCACUGACAAUGCUUCCAUCACCACCGCCGGAAGCCUCCCAUGCGAAAACAGCCGCCGUUGGAUUUCAUUAAACCCAAAUUUAAGCCGACAUUCCUUCUACCCACCUUGUUUUUUCUUCUGCUUUUCUCGUUUGUUUCGGAGGAGAUCGCGGGAUUCCCAAAAGGAAAAACGAAACCAAAAAAAAAAAAAAAAGAGGGGGUGUUUUCUCUUCACAUGGACGACUGGUAGUAGUUUUGUUGUGAAAAAGAAAACAAAAGGUGGGCCUAGAAAUGUUGAACUUGCAUGAAGUUAUGAACAACUUUCUGUAACGGCCCCAUUUUGUUUUUCACCUUGUUGUGUAUUUAACAUUUGAGAUAAAAUCCAAACUGGUUUAGUUCA